AGAAAAAAAAGUAAAAGAAAGAAAAAAGUGAAGUUGGUGAAAAAAGCCGAGAGCGCCGCACUGCCUACUGAGAAAUUGUGCAAAAUGAGUGGGGAUGUGGCUACAGAAAAUAAUUUACACGUGCAAAAUGGCGGCACUUGCGAAGUGCAAUGGAAUGGUGUAAUAACUACAAAUGGACACCAUCACCAUCAUCAUAGCAGCAACAACAGCAGCAGCAGCAGUAAACAUAAAUCAUCCAGCAAGGAUAAGCAUCGUGAUAAGGACAGAGGGGGCGAUCACAAAAGCUCCAGUUCCAGUUCCAGCUCAACCCGUGAACAUAAAAGUAGCAGUAGUAGUCGGGAUAAGGACAAGGAUAAACAUAAGAGCAGCAGCAGCUCCUCAAGUGGCAAGCAUCGGGAUAAGGACCGAAGUUCAUCAUCAUCAUCCUCGUCCACUCAUCGCGAUAAGGACAACAAGCACAAGUCUUCAUCAUCAUCAUCGAGCCAUCAUCACAAGAGCAGUAGCAGCAGCGGCAAUCGCUCAUCUUCCAAGGAUAAGGAGCGUCGUGAGAGCAAGGAUCAUCGCAGCAGUAGGGACAAGCACAAAUCCUCAUCAUCAUCGAGCUCCUCGCGCCACAAAAGCUCCUCCUCAUCAUCGAAAAGCAAACAUUCCAGCUCGAGUUCUCGACAUGGAGGCUCCUCCUCAGCAGCAGCAACGAAAGAUCCCAGCUACGAUGGUGUCUUCGUUAAGCCAGAGCCAGUUGCACAACAGCAGCCACAUCCAAAUGAACAUCAUCAUCAUCAACAUCAACAACAUGUCGAUGAUCCACUGCAACUCCAAUACCAACAGCAGCAGCAACAAUUGCAACUGCAACAACAGCUCCAGUUGCAACAACAACUUCAGUUGCAGCAGCAACAACAACAGCAGGCUGCAUGUAAUGGGUAUAAGAAUGGCUACGAGGAGCACAUCAUGGAUGUCAAAAAGGAGGAGUCGAGGGAGAACUUUGAUUUAUCGCAAGCGAGCUCGUGUGAUUACUCCUUGUCCCAGUUUCGAUCCGACGAGCCUUCGUUUGUUGUUUCCAAGCGGGAGGAGGAGGCCAGUUAUGCAGAGGAAGAUAGCGCCUUGAACGAUGAUGAUGAUGAUGACGAUGAUGGUCGCAAUAACAACGAUAACGAUGAUGAUGAAGAUGUGCCAUUGGCAAUGCGUAAGCGGAAACAGGAACCGGCCGAUGAAUCGAUGCAUGGCUUAGAUGACGACGAUGAUGAUGACAUUCCCUUGCUGGCGCGUAAAAAGAUCAAGAAGGAGACAAAGGACAAGGAUAAGGACAAAGAGAAGGAGAAGAAAAACAAGAAAAAGCGACUCAAGGAGGAGCACGAUGAUGACUACGGCAGCAACUUCAAGUCCAAAAAGAAAAAGGUUAAAAAGGAGCAUGAGAUCAAAGCGGAGCACGCUUCACCCACCAAACAUUCGCGCAAAAUCAAAAAGGACGAAGAGGAGGAAGUGUGGCGAUGGUGGGAGGAGAAGAGGCGAGACGAUGGCGUCAAAUGGACAACACUGGAGCACAAGGGACCCGUCUUUGCGCCGCCCUACGAACGUGUGCCGCAAAAUGUGCGAUUCUUCUACGAUGGGAAACCGUUGGAGCUGAGCGAAGAGACAGAGGAGGCGGCAACAUUCUAUGCGAAGAUGCUGAAUCAUGAUUACUGCACCAAGGAUGUAUUCAAUACUAAUUUCUUUAAGGAUUUCCGCAAAACAAUGACCGUCAAGGAGAAGGAGAUCAUUAAAGAUUUUCGCAAGUGCAAUUUCCAGGAAAUGUUUCAAUUCUUCCAAGCCGAAUCGGAGAAACGGAAAGCGGCCACCAAAGAGGAGAAACUCCUCAAAAAGAAUGAGAACGAGGCGUUAGUCAAGGAAUACGGUUUCUGUAUGAUUGAUGGACAUAAGGAGAAGAUCGGUAAUUUCCGCUUGGAGCCACCCGGUCUAUUUCGUGGUCGUGGCGAGCAUCCCAAAAUGGGCAUGAUUAAACGUCGCAUUGCCGCCGCCGAUGUCUCCAUCAAUUGUGGCAAACAGUCCAAGGUACCACAACCGCCGAUGGGCGGACGUUGGAAGGAGGUGCGUCACGACAACACCGUCACCUGGCUGGCCUCCUGGACGGAGAAUGUGCAGGGACAGGUCAAGUACAUAAUGCUGAAUCCAUCGUCAAAGCUCAAGGGCGAAAAGGAUCACAUCAAGUACGAGACAGCCCGCCGGCUCGACAAGGUCAUUGACAAGAUACGCGCUACAUAUCGCGACGAAUGGAAGUCGAAGGAAAUGCGUGUCCGGCAACGGGCUGUUGCCCUCUACUUCAUCGAUAAACUGGCGCUGAGAGCGGGAAAUGAGAAGGACGAGGAUCAGGCGGAUACCGUCGGCUGCUGUUCGCUGCGCGUCGAGCAUGUCCAGCUGCACAAGGAGCUCAAUUGCAAGGAGAAUGUAGUCGUAUUCGAUUUUCCUGGCAAGGAUUCUAUACGCUAUUACAACGAGGUCGAGGUCGAGAAGCGCGUCUUCAAGAAUCUCGAACUCUUCAUGGAGAACAAGAAGGAGGGCGACGAUCUCUUCGAUCGUCUCAACACCCAAGUGCUAAACGAGCAUCUCAAAGAGUUAAUGGAAGGACUCACGGCUAAAGUAUUUCGCACAUAUAACGCAUCGAAGACACUGCAAAGCCAAUUGGAUCUGCUCACGGAUGGGAGUGCAACCGUUGCCGAGAAACUGCUCGCCUAUAAUCGGGCCAACCGGGCCGUCGCCAUACUCUGUAACCAUCAGCGAUCGGUGCCCAAGGGACACCAGAAGUCAAUGGAUAAUCUGAAGGAGAAGAUACGCGCCAAGCGCGACAACAUUGAUGACUGCGAGGCCGAAUAUCAUGAUUUGAAGAAAGCAGCCAAGCGCGGAUCGGUCAAGGAAAAAGUGAAUGCCGAUAAGAAGGCCAAACAAUUGGAGCGCUUGAAGGAUCAACUGAAGAAAUUGGAACUACAAGAGACUGAUAGAGACGAGAAUAAGACCAUUGCGCUGAGCACAUCCAAACUAAAUUAUCUCGAUCCACGCAUAUCGGUUGCCUGGUGUAAAAAGAACGGCGUGCCGAUUGAGAAGAUCUUUAACAAAACGCAAAGAACCAAAUUUCUUUGGGCCAUACACAUGGCCGAUGAGAACUAUCGUUUUUAAAAAGAAAAACAAUCAAACAAACAAACACAACACAAACAACAAACAA